CUAUUGAAAGUCGCUAGCGAGGAUGCGGAUUUCAAACGAUAUAUGGACUGUCUACGGUAUCAUAUCACCGAGACAAGAUACCUGCUUAACUACCGCCACGAGUACAACUACCGCACUGCCAAAUGAAUGCAAUCCCUAUCGCUCCUCCGUCACCGCCACUACACCACCGAACCCGAAUUCAAAACCAUCACCAACGACCCUCGCAUUAAGCAUCUCCCUCUCCACUAUCUUGAUCCUUGUGAUCCUGCUCACAAUCGGGAUAUGUUAUAUCAGGAGAAAGAGACGUAUAGAAGGGAUGAGAUGUGCGAUUGUGGAAGUUGAGAGUGGGAAUUCGCGGAAAGGUAGCGUGGAGAAAACCAGUGGUAACGACGAACUAGUCAACGAAGAAAAGACCAGGAGAUCUCGAAUGAGUAGCGGGGCGAUAAACGAAGAAGGAAUAUAUGGUGAAGCGGUAGCUGGGAGGAGCGGUGGAGAAGAUGGGAAAGGGAAGGUUGGGGUAGAGGAGGAUGAAGAGGAACAAUGGAUGGUGUUUGAGAGCCGGGUGUCGAUUGUUGUUGUUGAUGAGGAGGAGGUUGAUGGGUAUGAAGGGGAUGAGGAGGAUUAUGGGGAAAGAGGGAGGAAUGGGUUUUCGCUUAGGAGGAGGGAGGGGUGA